GUUUCCGGUUGUUAUUCCAUAUUAAAAAAAAAAACAGUCUUUACUAUAUUAGUUGCUUUCCAUUUGCACUCAAGUGAUAAUGAGACACUCAGUUAUGUGAGUAUUUUAUACUCAGAUAAAAUGUCAAUUAUUCAAUGAGUAAAAGGAACGCGCAAACGAUAAUGCAGGUUCAUAACUUUAUUUUUGUAUGUGAGUCUAUUAGACUCGUUAAAGCACAACACGGUCUCAAUUCUCAAUUGUGUGCAGAAAGCACAGUUGAAUCUCACUUUCUCAGCGUCAAAAAGAACGUGCAUUUAACUGAGUUAUGACAUCAUAACAGCUUUUGGACAAAAGUUUCACACUAAUGUUCUUUACCUAUACUUGACAUAUCAUUGCGAAGCGAGGUUAUGGAAUUGAGUGUGAUUGCUACUAGAAAUUAUUAAGAUUUAUCAUCAUCAAUUACUAUGCGAUAGGAUAUUAUUUCUCUUGCUUUCGUAUAUAAAAGGCAAUUAUGGUACGAUAUUUCCUUAAAUUUUCGUACAUUGGUACACAAUACAGGGGUUUGCAGAAACAAACUAGCGACAGUUUUAUACGGGAUACAGAUUCUAUUCAAGGUGCUCUGGAAACUGCUUUAUUAACUAUCAAACCAAAAACCGUAAUUAGACCAUCCAUAUGUCUUUCCAGCAGAACAGAUGCUGGAGUUCACGCUUUAUGCAACACAUGUCAUGUGGAACUUGAAAACAAAUAUGGUCGAGUAUAUAAUACAUCAGAUAUAAAAAAAUAUGUUAAUCGUUAUUUUGCCAAAUGUGGUCAUACCAUUAGAUUGCUGGAUUGCAUACCUGUCACAUAUGAUUUUCACGCGAGGCGUUUUGCAAAAUCUCGAACUUAUAUAUACAGAUUUAUGAUACCAAAAGAAUCUGAGGAACAACGGAUAUCUCUUGCAGAAGCAAUACAUACUUAUCAUCUUAGAGCAUACAAUUUUGAUAUAGAUAGAGCGAAAUGUGGUAUAAAAUUGUUUAUGGGAACAAAGGACUUUACUACAUUUAGUGCAAAAAGUGAGACAAAGCAUAAAAUCCAAUAUGUACGUUCCUUACAUUCCUUCACUUUGGAAGAGGCGCAGCCUUUAAUGCCGUUUGAUCCGCUGUCCGAAAAUUUUACAUACUGGCACUUUAUAUGCAGUGGAAAAUCUUUCUUAUACAAUCAGAUAAGACGAAUGGUUGGUGCUCUAUUUGCAUUAGGAUUAGGAAAAAUAACAGAAAAAGAUAUUACUACAAUGUUACAAGUUCCCUCUCAUCAUAACUGGAAUCCUCGUGUUACACCUGCAUCACCGAAUGGUUUACAUCUAUUGAAUGUAGAAUACGAUGCAGAUGAAUUAAGACAUUGUAUCAUACUAGAAGAACAAGAAGAAAAAUUACAGUUGAAAGAACAAGAACAGGAGUUACAGUUGAAGGAGCAAAAGCAGAAAGUUUAAUUGAAAGAAUGAAAAAAGAAAUAUUGUUUAAGAAAUUAUUAGAGUAUAGCUGGAAAAUAUAAUUUUAUGUAGUGGAUGAUAUGGAAACAAGAAUUUUCUGUCCUAACAAAAAUAUAUCGUAUUUCAUAUGGUUUCUGAUACAAGUAUAUCUGAAAAAUAAAAAUUAUUACUAACAAAUCUUUGCACAAUGGAUUUACGAGAUCUUAUCGCUAAAAAAAGAUCAU